CUCUCUCUCUCUCUCUCUCUCUCUCUCUCUCUCACACACACACACACACAAUGCAAUCCACUCUCUCUCUCCCAUUUUCUCAGGCGGCGUUCUCCAGAUCGAAUCGCCAUUUCGGUUCAUCUGCUGCGGCAUCUUCUACCCCGAGGAAUCUCCGGUUCUGCGGACUUCGGCGAGAGGCCUUUUGUUUAUCUCCGCCGAAUCGGUCGGCUUCGUGCCGUUUUCAAGUUCCUAGCAGGAGGCUCGAGGUUUUCGCUGCCGCAGGUAAUGGUGCUCCGCCGAAAUCGUUCGAUUACGAUCUGAUCAUCAUCGGAGCUGGAGUUGGCGGCCACGGAGCUGCAUUGCACGCCGUCGAGAAGGGACUAAAAACUGCCAUCAUUGAAGGAGAUGUUGUUGGAGGGACUUGUGUUAACAGAGGGUGUGUGCCUUCCAAAGCUCUCCUCGCAGUUAGUGGUAGGAUGCGGGAACUCCAGAGUGAACAUCACAUGAAGGCCCUUGGUCUGCAGGUUUCAGCUGCCGGAUAUGAUCGGCAGGGUGUUGCAGACCAUGCUAAUAACUUGGCUACUAAGAUUCGUAACAAUCUGACCAAUUCGAUGAAGGCACUUGGAGUUGACAUAUUGACCGGAGUUGGCACAGUUCUGGGCCCACAAAAGGUUAAAUAUGGAAAAGCCGGUUUCCCCGGAAAUAUUGUCACUGCAAAAGAUAUAAUCAUUGCCACCGGCUCUGUACCUUUUGUCCCUAAAGGAAUUGAAGUUGAUGGAAAGACUGUCAUUACAAGUGACCAUGCACUGAAAUUGGAAACCGUUCCUGAUUGGAUUGCAAUAGUAGGAAGUGGUUAUAUUGGCCUCGAGUUCAGUGAUGUUUACACGGCACUUGGAAGUGAGGUAACUUUUGUUGAAGCUCUGGAUCAGCUAAUGCCUGGAUUUGAUCCGGAGAUCAGUAAGUUAGCUCAAAGAGUUCUGAUAAAUCCAAGAAACAUUGACUAUCACACCGGUGUGUUUGCAAGCAAAAUCACUCCAGCAAAGGAUGGGAAACCAGUGGUCAUUGAGCUUAUCGAUGCCAAAACCAAGGAGCCUAAGGACAAAUUGGAGGUAGAUGCUGCUCUUAUUGCUACGGGAAGAGCUCCAUUCACUAAUGGUCUUGGCCUGGAGAAUGUCAAUGUUGUGACACAGAGAGGUUUUGUUCCAGUUGAUGAACGGAUGCACGUGAUUGAUGCAACUGGAAAUCUGGUUCCGCACUUAUACUGCAUAGGCGAUGCCAAUGGUAAAAUGAUGCUCGCUCAUGCAGCCAGCGCCCAAGGAAUCUCUGUGGUUGAGCAAGUUACAGGUAGAGAUCAUGUGCUUAAUCAUCUUAGCAUCCCGGCUGCUUGCUUUACUCAUCCUGAAAUCAGUAUGGUGGGAUUGACAGAGCCUCAAGCGAGAGAAAAAGGUGAGAAGGAGGGAUUUGAAGUAAGUGUUGCCAAGACAAGUUUCAAGGCUAACACAAAGGCUCUGGCUGAGAACGAAGGGGAAGGACUCGCUAAGAUGAUAUACCGACCUGACAAUGGUGAAAUCCUCGGAGUUCAUAUAUUUGGGUUGCAUGCAGCAGACCUUAUCCAUGAAGCAUCCAAUGCAAUUGCCCUUGGAACAAGGAUUCAGGACAUAAAACUCGCGGUUCAUGCUCACCCUACACUGUCUGAAGUGCUUGACGAACUGUUCAAGGCGGCAAAGGUAGAGAGUCAUGAGGAGGCAAGGAGAGUAAGUGCGGAAGUGGCUGUAUAAAUAUGAUUCCUUUGGGGGGAGCAUUUUUGGUUGCAAGCAGAAUGUGAGAAGGGACGAGGAGAGUACAGAUUUAGCCGAAGCUAAGAGGGUCUGUGAUGUUGUAAAUCUUUUUUUGUGGGAUGGUGUAUUGUCUUUGAUUUCUCGCAUAUUUAUUUGUCU